AUGGAGCCCCUCGGACAGACGGACAACCUCGUAGACACAGAGACAGGCAACCUCACAGACAGACAGACAACCUCACAGGCAAGUAACUCACUUCUGCUAAAGAAUGACGAAACGCUGCAACUAACUGCAGCUCGCCUGUACCAUUCCCAGCGAGAGGUGGCUCAUUACCUUGAACUAGGCUACCUAAACUUGGUCGACCAUCCAUAUAUUGCAAAAGAGGUUCGCCUAACAGCUCACGAUGCUCGGGCUCAGCAUAUGAUGACGUCAGGUUUAAUGAAGAAGGUUAUGUUGACGUCAAAUCAUGUUGUCAAAACGUUGCUGGUAAUGAUUCGUGACGCUGUUGAUCUUCGAGACGCUGACAUAGUAAGAGAAACGUUUGGGCAAAUUAUCACUAUUGCCGAGGAUAUGAAGAAUGAAUCUGAAAAAACAAAAGAAAGUUAUUAUAAAAUACAAGGAAGGGUUCAAGAAAACCUCGGCAAUGUAGACAAAAGAAAUAUAAAAGUAAAGCAAACUAACGAGAAAAAGAUGGAAGAAAAGAAAUUGCAAGAACAAAAAAGACAGAAUGCGGAAGAAAUUGCUGAGAAGCUGAAAGAAGAGUUAGCAAAUUUGGAUACGAUGCUGAAAGAUCUUCGAUCUAAAAAAAAGGACAUGGGCGAUGACAUUCUAACGGACAUAGAAGCCUUGGACAACGACGAGAUAACAUUCGUAGACAUUUUUAUUGUGCCAUUUUGUAUCGAAGACGUCUCCGAAGCCGCUAAAUCCAUGGUGGAAAGUAGUGUCAGUUUUAUUAAAGACUUUUUGAAAGACAGAACUAGGCAACGGCAGAUAAGGCUGAAAAGAGAACAAUGUGAAGUAUUCAAUAGUGAAGACAGGAUGAAGACUGAUCAACGUAAACAGAUCCAAUUAGAAGAGCAAAUACAAAGGGACCAGGCGCUAGAACGACAUGCCAUUAUCGAAAAACUCAAUAGAGAUCUAACAGUUGGCCUUGGUGAUGUGCAAAAUCUUAAGGAAGCGGCCAUCCAUUUAGGUGAUGUGGACAGAAUUUUUUCCAACAUUAUUAAAUUCUGGGAGGAUAUGGCAGCGGCAACAAAAUACCUAAAAGACGACACAAAAGCAGGAGAAGUUUACCUGAAGAAGAUUGAAGACGAACGAUACCAGACACGUUUUUUGAAUUCAGUUAAAAGAGCUGAACAGAACUGGGGAUUUUUGGGGCAACUUUGCGGUUCCUAUGUUGUUGAGACAGACAAGGAAAUAGAAGUGCUGUACGAGUUUCUGUCCAAACCGCUUGACAGCAUGUCUGCAAACGACAGAGAAAUACGAAAAGAAGCUAUAUUAAGUGAGCUGAAGAAAGAGAUCGACGCGGUUUACCCGCAGAUUGAAGAUAUCACGGACUAA